UUCUUUAACGUCUCUUGGAGGAGGAAGGGAGAGCGGCUGGCGAAGGUGGCCCCUCCCUUGGCCUCAGCCAGGCAGUCCUAGCUCAAUUCCUCCUGCCUGGCACGGGGCGGGCGGCGCAAACCGGGUCCCGGAAGCGCUUUACGGCCGUGUCUGGUGCGCUGUCCCGCCCCUUCCCCCAUCCCCCCGCUGCGGUCUGCCGGUGCCAACCGGAGACGCCCCCCUCACCUCACGCAGACGGGAAGGGGGGACCCCCCCAGAAGCCGGGGGGCCUGGCCGCCCCAGCUCCCCCCGCGCCAAGGGGCCGAGCCGGAGGGAAGAGCGCGAUGGUGUCACUGGAACCAGCCCCCCCGCGAUCGAAGAUGCCUGAAGCAUCAGCAGAUCAUAACCACUGGGAAGCCUGUUGACUGCUAUUUCCUGAGAGUCUUGACAGUAACAUCAAUCUGGCAUGGCGCAGGGCAGCCAGCAACUCGACAUGCAGGUACUCCAUGAUCUCCGGCAACGUUUCCCUGAGAUUCCUGAAGGCGUGGUGUCUCAGUGCAUGCGCCAGAACAACAACAACCUUGAUGCUUGCUGUCGAGUUCUUGCACAAGAGAGUAACAAAUACUUGUAUAUGGAGUACCACAGCCCGGAUGAAACCCGAAUAAACAGGAAUCGCCUUCUGCAUAUUAACCUGGGUAUCCAUCCUCAUACUGGCUAUCAUGGAGGGGAUGGAGCUCAACUUAAUGGUGGUCGUACACUGGUACAUAGUUCAAGUGAUGGACACAUUGAUCCACAACGCACAGCGGGUAAACAGCUGAUCUGCUUAGUUCAAGAACCACAUUCUGCUCCAGCUGUUGUGGCAGCUUCUCCCAACUACAAUCCAUUUUUUAUGAAUGACCAGAAUAGAAAUGCAGCUACACCUCCUCCGCAACCACCUCAGCAACCUUCUUCCAUACAACCUGGAAUGAAUACAUCUGCUAUGCAAGGCCCUUCUCCAUAUAUGCACAUACCUCGGUACAGCACAAAUCCUAUAACUGUUACAGUGUCGCAAAACCUCCCCUCUGGACAGCCUGUACCCAGAGCUUUACAAAUUCUUCCCCCGAUUCCAAGCAGUCCUUAUGGGAGUCCUGGCUCUCUCUAUAUUAGGCAGACAUCUCAAAGUUCUUCAGGACGACAGACUCCUACUCAAAAUACACAGUGGCAUUCACCGCCACAAGGUCCAGUUCCACAUUAUAGUUCUCACCCAUUACCUGUUUAUCCACACCAACAGAACUUUCAGCCUUCUCAGUAUUCUCCAAAACAGCCCCAGAUUCCUCAGUCACCUUUUCGAUCACCACCUGCUUCUCAAUGCCCAUCUCCUUUUGGCUCACCUCAGCAUCAGGUUCAGCCACCCCAGUUGGGCCAUCAGAGUUCUCAUGUGUUUAUGCCUCCUAGUCCUUCAACUGUGCUACCCCAUCCAUAUCAACAAACGGCCCAGACGUAUCAAAAACCAGGUGGACACUCAGUAUCUUAUCUCCCAUAUGGUGGACCUAGCUUACCUAAAGGCUCUAUGAACAAGAUAGAAAUUACAGUUGAGCCACCACAAAGACCUGGGACUGCAAUGAAUAGGAGCCCUUCGCCUAUAAGUAACCAACCAUCCCAACGAAACCAGCAUCCACUGUAUGCACCUGCUACUCCUCCUUCAAGUUCUCCUUCCAGAAGUAUGUCAGGACAGCCCAAACCUCCUUUUAGUGUUAAUCCUGUAUACAUAACAUACACACAACCAGCUGGACCUACUGGUAUACUUACACAGUCACCCCGGGUAAUGGUAUCUCAGCCCAAUCCAGCAGUUUUUAAAAUCACAGUAGGCCGAGCACCAGCUGAGAAUCUUUUAAAUCUAGUGGACCAAGAAGAACGUUCUGCAGCACCAGAACCUAUUCAGCCCAUUUCAGUUGUACCAGGAUCUGGAGGUGAAAGAGGAAGCCAUAAGUACCAGAGGAGUUCUAGUUCUGGAUCGGAUGACUAUGCUUAUACUCAAGCCUUGUUGUUACACCAACGUGCAAGGAUGGAGAGAUUGGCAAAGGAACUGAAGUUUGAAAAUGAGGAGCUUGAGAAACUUAAAGCUGAAGUGAACGGCAUGGAACAUGAUCUUAUGCAAAGGCGUCUUAGAAGAGUGAGCUGUACAACCUCAAUCCCAACACCUGAGGAGAUGACCAGAUUGAGAAGCAUGAACAGACAGCUUCAGAUAAAUGUUGACUGUUCACUGAAAGAAAUCGACCUCCUUCAGUCUAGAGGGAACUUUGACCCGAAAGCCAUGAGUAACUUUUAUGAUAACAUACAGCCUGGUCCUGUUGUGCCACCAAAGCCAUGUAAAAAAGACUUUAAAGGAAAAUCAUUCUCUGUAGACCAUCAGAGCAGUUCCAAGCAAGCUCCGCGAUCACAGCCAAGAGAUGAAGACUUUGAAGGAGCUCCAUGGAAUUGUGACAGCUGUACAUUUUUGAACCACCCAGCAUUGAAUCGCUGUGAGCAAUGUGAAAUGCCGCGGUAUGCCUGAAUCCAUAAAGGGCUGCUUUGGAUUAAAAACAGGCUCUUGAGCACACAGCCAUAGGAGAAGAAAUCAUGGGGCACCUUUCAGUCCAUCUCCCAGGUGUUGGUCAGCCAAUCACUUUCAAUUACAAGGAAGAAAUUCCCCUUCCAUUCAUGCUGCACUAAAGAUUAGUUUGGGAAGAAAAUACUCUGAUUCCAUUGUGGUGAGCAAGGCUGAAAAGGAUACCCUAAAUCCGAAAUGUAUUCCCUCCUCAAAGAAUGUACACAGGAAAGCAAGUAAUUGCUGCUGUACUAGCCCCUAUAAUUGCAUUUACUGGGUAGUAGCCCUUAUAUAUUUUUAUAAGCAUAGAACUAUUACUUUGUGGUGUGAAGUGUUACAGGUAUCCAGACAAACUGUGAAGAACCAGAGUUGAUGAAUCUGGCCACAGCAAGCUGGAAAACAAAGGCUCCCUGUGCUUCCAGAUUGUAAACUACUGAAAAAGAAGAUUGGGGGUGGGGGUGGAAUCAUGGAGCAAAAAAGGUAUUUGUCAAUGCUGCUUUUUUCAGGGUAAUUUAAGUAUACAAAAUUGCUGUUUUGAAAUUGUGAAUCAUGGUGAGGAGGGAGAAGUACUGUAUGAGCCUUAUUUAUAGAGUACAAUCAGAGGUGACUUUACAAUCCCUUUUGCUUGUACAGCACUCACCGAGUCACAUUAACACUGGUAAUUAAGUAAUUAUACCAUAUUACAGAGGAAAACAUAGUGCUGCAUGCUUUUAUUAGGCCAUUGUGUUUUAAAGCUAAAAGUUAAGUAUGCUUUUAUAAGAGACGUUCCCUUAAAACUGUGCUUAAUGACAGUAGAGCGGACGUAUGCCAAAUGCAGAAAAAUUCCAAAUUCUCUUUGGAAGACUUGAGCUCAGCCGUCGUUAUGUAUGAGAAGUGUUUGCACCCUGUUCUAUAGGCCUUUCAGCUUCCAAUUAUGUGAAGAAUUCAUGAUGUUUACAGCACAGAAGGUACUUUGUGCCCCCAUUCUGAUUUAGCUGAAAACUAGUAAUUAAUAUUAGCUCUCAAAUAAGGGUUUAUUUGCACAUUGUUAAUAAGCCAGCCUGUAUUAUCUAGUAGAGUGGCAGAUCUUGAAAUGUUGCACACUGCAUUUCUUUUUGAAUUUGAUCAGUUAACGGACAUAAAGGUUAUGAAAACAUGGAAUUGUACUGGUACUUUUAUGCAUCGGAUAUUAUUAUAGAUGGAGUGCUUCAGGUUGCUGAAAUAAAGCACUCAUUUGUGAAGGUUUUUUGGUUUUGAAACUGAGUCACUCUAAAAUAAAAUUGUGUGAGAAUAGUCAGGAUGUUUUUUUCUCACUGACAAAACACCGGGAAUAGUGUAUUCAAUUUCUUACACACUCAAAAAAAGUGUCACUCCAAAUCCUCUCAGCUUUUGCAAGCAAAGGUGUGUCAUGUCUUGCCCAUCUAUUUACCCUUCAUCUAUUAGUAUACUGAUGAAAGUGGUAAGAUGUAUACGUUUGUUAUUCAUAAGUUUAUCUGAUGUGGUGCUGAAAUCCUACUUCCAAAUCUUACAGAACUGAUUUAAUAUCGAGCAACAAGGAGCACAAUGCAAUUAAUCAGUGUUCAGUUAUUUUUGUUUAAAUUCCUGAUUUUUACACUGUUACAAAUAUGACCUCUGAAUGUCCGAAGGAGACUGUCAAAAUUUUGCUGCCCUAGUGAUGUAUCAAGUUAAAUUACGUGACUUUUUUCUGUUUUAUAAAAUGGAAAAAAUGGAUCUGAAGCACUUCAGGUUGAAGUGUUUUGUUUUUCAGUUGCAAGUUAAGUAACAUUAUUAUGCCUUCAGUUGUUCAGUAGUGAUUGUCAUGAUUUCAUAUUGAUUCUUUUGCCUUUUAUGAAUAUAAGUUCCUAUUUGGCACUUAUUUUGUGCUGCCAUUGACAAGGAAAAUAUAGUGAUAAGAAUAGAAAUGACAAGUCUGAAAUGUAUGUACCACUUUAUUUCACACCAAUGUGACCGCUGGGUGGUUUGGUUGGGGCAGGGAAGGUAAGGGAGAUAAAGGGGUUAUUACAAGUGCAACUUUGGGUGCAAUCCAUCUUAAGUGUGGGCUUCCUGGAUCCGGGGAGCACAGUCAAAAGCCUCAUAGGGUUAGGGUGAGGCUGCACUCAGGGGCUCCUCUGUUGUGUUUUGUGAACCAAAUAAUACUCUGCAUGCAUGGAUUUCCCCAUUGUGUGUACACAGUAUUCUCUGAUUCAUAGGAGAUAAUGGGGAAGCCAUAUACAUACAUCCUAAUACUGCAUGCCAGAUCUGUAGAGAUGUUACAAAAUUCUAUCUCUCCUUUUGCUCAUUGUUGUUACCUGUGGGUAGAAGGCAAAAAUGAAGCUUGUAGUGGGAAAGAUGAGAGCUAGUGGUCAUGUUGAUCCAAAGAAAACCAUAAAAUGAAUCAAACUGGUCUCACUGUUGAUUGUGCGAAAAAUAAAUUGUAUGCAUACAUGUUAAUGUCCAUUUACACUGUAAUAUCCAUCAUAGCAGUGAAAUUAAUGUCUUGGAGAUUUGGAUUUGUAAGAGUUAUAAUUAUUGGAUAUCAACUCUAACCAGAGUUGGCUUAGGUUACGCCAGAGUAAAUGCUAAUUGCAUAAAAUGUUUGACUACUGAGAAAACUAUCCUUCAUUACCAAGAUCCAACAUGCACUGCAACAUAUACAACUUUGGAAUGUGCAAGUUUAUGAGUGGUGGGGUUUUGAGACCAUCGUGAAUUUUUAAAAUGCACUACUUUUUAAUAAUAGCUGGUCUGUCCCUUGCUCAUAGUGCUUGGGUCAGUACGGGGGUAACCUAUUUGGAUAUUAGAGAUUCAAGACUAUGUCCAGGUUCUCCAAAAUACUUCUGUUUAUAAAUGCCUAUUUUAUAUUUAACUGCUGUUUAAAAUGCUUCCCUCUCGCAUACAAAAGCUCUUCCAAGGCUUAGUCAAUAGAAUAGCUUGUAGGGAAAGUCAGAAUAUAGCAAACCAAAAUUAAGUCCUGAAUUUGGAUAUGUGAUGGAAUGAUCAAGUUAGCUUGUUUGUGUAGGAAGGGAGGAGCUAGGAAAGCUAAGAGAAAAUGUUUUGUGAAAUAGAUCAAAUUGAGAAGUGUGUUUGUGUGUCUGUGGUAUGUAUGUAUUUCUCCUUAAACGGCAGAUGUGUGAAGCAAGUAUAAUUUUUAAAGAGCUGGUCUCAGUUAUGUUACAAAGUCAUUUUUUGUCUUAAAAAAAUAAUUUUCAAUUACUGUAUGUUCCAGUUAUGCGCUCUUCCUUUAUCUCUCACCUCCACCCCCCCGUUGAUUGACUGUAAACUUCCUUAAAAUUAUUUGGAUAGACAGACUUUGAAAUGAGGACAGAAUUAAAAAACAGAAAACCUUUAAAGAGAAAAUGAAAAGAUUAAAAACUGAUUGAGAUUGUGACCAUGGGUUGACAGGUUUUUAACAAAAGAAAAAUAAUCUGUAGUGUAGCUUGGAAUGUAAAAUUGGUUUACAAUAUAGAAUAAAAUAGCCAGCUGGAUACUUGGUUUCUCUAUGUAUGCUCAGAUGAUAUGGUGAGUCUACAGAGAGGAGAAAAUGUGCACAGAAAUAAACGCAUAUUAUAGCCAACACUGCCUCUGUGUGCUAUAUCUGUUUUUCCAAAUAAUUGUUCAUAGUUGCCAUGUUCUUGAGUUAGGACAAUCCUCGUUUCUGAUAUCAAAGGGAGAGAGGACUUCUUGUUUUUGAAUUGAUAAAAACUAAGUUAAUGAAAUAUUCUGAAUUUCUCAAGACCUUUGAACAAAUUGUCUUCUCUGCGUGGUAAAGCCAAUGUAUCUAAUCCGUACUUUCUGCUCUAUUGAAAUUCUGUUAAUUUUUUCCUUCCAAAACCAUGAUCUUUCUAAAUCCUGUAAAUAGGGUGUUUCUUACAUUCUAGGUUUGUGUAUGCUGUGAAUGGAAACUAUUACUGCAACAUGAAAUAUGUAAAGGCAUUAAGAGGCUGUGCAUGCAUGGUACCUCCAAAUGACGUAUUCUGGGAGCAGCAGUUUCCUUUAAAAAAAACCAAACAAUAAACUAAAAAAUUGUA